GGCCUUCGGCGGGGCGCUCAGUGGCCGGAGGACUCCGGGACGCUCCGGCCAGCCGCCCUGCAAGCACAGGCGAACCCGUGGGCGGCGGCACGGCCAGGGGAGACGGGUCGCAGAGCAGAUCGGGUCAGGCACACGCGAGGGCAGCCUCCAAGGCGCCUCCCAGAGGCCCCCGCGCCGCCGGGGUCCUAGCGAGCCGCACCGCUUUCAGCCGCACGUGGCUCCAGCGCGAUGCCCAAGUCCAAGCGGGACAAGAAAGUGUCCUUAACCAAAACUGCCAAGAAAGGCUUGGAGCUGAAGCAGAACCUGAUAGAAGAGCUGCGGAAAUGCGUGGACACGUACAAGUACCUGUUCCUCUUCUCCGUGGCCAACAUGAGGAACAACAAGCUGAAAGACAUCCGGAACGCCUGGAAGCACAGCCGGAUGUUCUUUGGCAAAAACAAGGUGAUGAUGGUGGCUUUGGGUCGGAGCCCGGCUGAUGAGUACAAAGACAACCUGCAUCAGGUCAGCAAGAAGUUGCGGGGUGAAGUCGGCCUCCUUUUCACAGACCGCACCAAGGAGGAGGUGAAUGAGUGGUUCACAAAGUAUGCAGAAAUGGACUAUGCGCGAGCUGGGAACAAAGCCACUUUCACCGUGAGCCUGGACCCAGGGCCGCUGGAGCAGUUCCCCCAUUCCAUGGAGCCACAGCUGAGGCAGCUGGGCCUGCCCACUGCUCUCAAGAGAGGUGUGGUGACCCUGCUGUCUGACUAUGAGGUGUGCAAGGAGGGCGACGUGCUGACACCGGAGCAGGCCCGGGUCCUGAAGCUUUUUGGGUAUGAGAUGGCUGAGUUCAAGGUGACCAUCACAUACAUGUGGGAUGCGCAGUCUGGAAGGUUCCAGCAGAUGGGAGACGACUUGCCAGAGAGCAUGUCCGAGUCGGCGACAGAGUCGGAGGAAGAGGAGAAUGACUGAGCCGGGACCUCUGGACGGCAGGGCUUGGCGGGACGUGUGGCUGUGCCGGGAGCAGCUGCUCACUUGGCUGUGGCUGAAGUCAAGGGAGGGCCACGGGGACUGUGCUUCUGUAAAGAAUAAACCUCCAAGCCGGCGCCGCGGCUCACUAGGCUAAUCCUCCACCUUGUGGCGCCGGCACACCGGGUUCUAGUCCCGGUCGGGGCACCGAUCCUGUCCCGGUUGCCCCUCUUCCAGGCCAGCUCUCUGCUGUGGCCAGGGAGUGCAGUGGAGGAUGGCCCAAGUGCUUGGGCCCUGCACCCCAUGGGAGACCAGAAGAAGCACCUGGCUCCUGCCAUCAGAUCAGCGCGGUGCACCGGCUGCAGCGCGCCUACCGCAGCGGCCAUUGGAGGGUGAACCAACGGCAAAAGGAAGACCUUUCUCUCUCUCUCUCUCACUGUCCACUCUGCCUGUCAAAAAAAAAAAAAAAAAAAGAAUAAACCUCCACCCGCAGGCGCUCCCUGUGGACGAGAGACAUUUCC